AUGUCUAAUUCCAAUUAUCAAUUCCCACCAUCAUCACCUUUACUUGAUGAUUAUUCUUAUCAAUCUUCUAAAGAUCCAUUUGGUUCAGGUGUGAUUGUUAACAAGGCUAAACUUGGUGAAUUAAGAGUUGGUCGUGAAGAAUAUCCUACUCCAAACCCUUCAUCUUCUUUAUAUCGUUCAUCUUCUCCAGCUAGAGAAACUAUUGCUGAAACUGAUGUUUUCAAAUCAAAACCAAUUUUAAAAGACGUGAUUAUUGAAAAGCCAAAAGCUAAUAUUAAUUCUGAUUUUAAUGUUUUAAAUCCAGAUAAAUCAGUUAUUAGAAUUCCUUUAUUAGAUACUCAUUCACAUUUUUCUAUUGGUAGAUCGUCACGUAGUUGUGAAUUUGCUGUUAAUGCAUUAGAUUCAAGAAUUUCAAGAAUUCAUUUGAAAAUAAGUUAUAAUUCACAACAAGUUAUUUUAACUUGUCUUGGUUCAAAUGGUGUUGGUGUUAUUAUUCCAAAACCUUGUUUUGUUUAUGCUACAAAUACUAAUAAUAAUUUCAUUGUUAUGGAAAAUACAACUGGUGAACCAUUGAAUAUUCAACAUCAUCAAAAUAUAAGUAAAUCUAUUAAAUUAGAUUAUAAUCAUACUGAAUUUUUUGUUCAAAAAGGUGAAACUAUAACUAUGCCUAAAUUUCAAAAUAUUUUAUUACAAAUUUCUAAAAAUGUUGUUUUAUUGAAUCCUAAUGAUAUAGAUGAAGAAUUAACCGAUGAUGAAGAACCAGUUUUAAUUGAAACUAAUGAAAAAGAACCUAAAAUUGUUGAAUCAGAAAUUGAAAAAGUCGAACCUCAAGUGAAAUCCACUAUUCCUGUUGCUAAACCAAUUGAUACUCCAAUUACUAAAUUACCAAAUCUGUCACUUCCAAAUACUCCUUUAAAACCUAAAAAACCAUAUAUUCAUACAGAUAAAGAUGAUGCUCAAAAGGGUGUUGAUAAAGAAGAAGAUAAACCAGAUUAUACACCAAGUAAAGAACCAUCAUCAUCAAAUCCGGAAGACUCAAUGAAAAUUGCAGAACCAACUACACCAAAACCAGCUCAAUUAAAAUCUCAACCAAUUGAAACUCCAAAAACUUUUAAAAUAUUUCAAGAUGAAUUCACUAUUCCUGUUCGUUCAUCUUCAAUCUCUCCAGUAUCUCAAGAAAAACGUGAUAAUGUAUUAACUGAUAAAACAAAUAUUAAAAGAAGAGCAACAUCUGAAGAGCCACAAUCACAACAACAGCAACCACUUAAAAAGAAAAAGAAAAUCAUUAGAAAACAACAAACUCCAGAAUUAGAUAAUUCAGUUAUGGAAUUACCUAAUUUAUCAGAAAUUCAAAAUAUUUUAAUUAAUCAUUUAGCAUUUUCAAGAUUAAGUUCAACACCAGCUUCAUUUUUAAAUACAAUUAGUGUAUUAACUUCAAAAUUAUCAUUAUCUCAAAUUAGAUCAAUUUUACAUAAUUUAAAACCAAUUGGUGUUAUUUAUCGUCAAGGGAAAGAUGCUGCUGGUAAACCAUUAGAAGAAGAAUAUUAUUAUAUGCCUGAAAAUGAUGAUGAUAAAGAAAGAACUAUUUUGGUUGCUAAUGUUAAAGGUCAUGGAGGUUUGAGAUCUUGUAGAAAGACCCAUAAACAAUAUUAUUGGAAGAAACCAGCCCCAAUUAAGAAAUAA